AUGUUGUGUACUAUAUUCUCGUUCUUGGGGGCACUGUCAGUCGCGACUUCCGCGGCAACCAACGACUGGUCGACGCCCUGUACCGAUGGCCACUGCUUCUACGACAUCGGCGGCCCCGUCGCAGGCACAUUACACAUAGCCGGGGAUUCAAAUGCCAUCUCAGACAUUACCGCCGCCGCUGGGUGGACAAUCCUCGACUGCGAUCCGACGAGCACAAAUCAGACGAUCCGGGCGGUCUGUAGUACACCCUCUGCGGGGUGCGACCACCUGUUCCAAGGCGGCGCAGUCGGUACAAUUUGCGGAUCGAUGCCGUUUGCCCGCGUGGUAGAUGUUUGGGACCAUGAAAACCAGACAAUCUCCUCGUCCUCAGCUUUACGCAGGAUGUUCCCUAGGGAUGGUACGCCGACAGUCCUGGGCUUGACCGUGGAUACGGAUUUCAGCGCUGUAGACCCGCAGGAGAAGGGAAGCGUUGCCGUGUACAUAAGCGCAUCGUAUGCUGGCGGCCCCUCCGCCGGCGUGAGCGCGCGGGACAUAAGUGAACGUGCAGAGUUCGGGACCAACACUCCUUAUUUGACAUUAGACGAACACGGCAGCCUAUUUAAUGAGACUCUGACGUGCAUCUCGCCUAAUAUAAAGGGUGCCACAGUGGACUGCGACAUAUCACUUGGUGUCAGCGUGCAAGCGAACGUCACGGCAUUGUUCGGCGUCGAGCUCAAUGGCACAAUUAUCCCGCCUAAUGUCACUGACUUUUCUAUGUACGCGGGUCUUGAUGGAUACCUGGACGGGGCAAUGCUCGUCAAUGCCUCCGCCGAGGCUACGUUCUCUACUGGCUCAGUCUUGUUGCUUGAUGUUGGCCUCGCAGGACUUGAAGUUCCUGAUAUCCUCACCCUUGGACCCUCUAUCCAAGUUUCUACAGAAGCAAUCGCCGUCCUCGACGUCGACUUCAGUGCGGCCGUAGGGUUGAACUACACCUUCGAUAAAGCUAUGUUCUACUUCAAUGCGCCUCCCAACCAUACCUCCAGCGGGGAGUUCGGGAGCGCUAUCCCCAUUGUCAAUAUAUCUGCCGUAGAGGCGUCGACGAACGCUUCCGUUACGGUGAAGCUGGUGCCGAGCCUCCUGUUCGGACUGACUGCCUUAGGUGACAAGGUCGAAAGCGCAAUAAACUUUGACAUGGAGACGUUCGCGACGCUUGAGCUGUCGUUGGGCACCGAAUCAAUCUCCGGCUGCGGCAACCCAGCGAACAAAACAUCGAAGGGCUGUCUCGAUGUGCUCGGCGGGGUCGACGUCUCCGCGAAUGUGGAGGGGAACUUCUUCGACUUAUUCCAGGAUCAAGCCGGGGUUUCCCUGUAUAGCAAGACGUUCGAUGCUUAUCAGCGCUGGAUGAGUAGAAGGCAUUGGACAGCUCGGAGGUCACACCCACUUCUUCCGCAAGCGCACCCGGAGGCACGAGCGUCUCGCCAGGGAGCCAGAAAGGCGGCGCAAUCUCACUUCGGGUAUCUCGAUCCCUCUUCCCUCUUGUUUGCCUGCUAUUUGCCGUGCUUUGAGGGCAGCGACAUCACUGCGCAUAAGGAUUCCAUCUUCCCCUGGUGCUUCGAAAAACUACCGGAGACUAUUGCUAUGUAG